AUGUACUACAGUACGGGAGGCUCGUGGGUUGAAAGUGGUUACAUCCGGUUGGCACGGGAUGUUGAAUACAAGUGGGGCAUGUGUGACAUUGCUAUGAAAGCCAGUUAUUUGGUGGUAAACGAUCUUUUUGCAGUGUCUCACGAUCACGUGUUUUACUCGAGCAAGUUACACUCUCAAAUUGAAGGGGGUGGGGAUGUCUUUUCAAAUGUUACCAAGUCGCUAUUCAGACGAUACUUUCUCCACAAAAAGGGUGAAGAUGAGAGUCUUAUUUUGAACAGUAGAAAAGUAGUGAACGGUCCACACAAAUUUUCUACGAGAGCGGCACGCAAGACGCACGCAAAGCGCACGGACUAA